AUGCGCGCGCGCGUGGAGCUGUCGGAGCUCGCGAACGAGUUCGGCGGCCUGUUUACGACGUUGCUGAUCUUCUUGGUCGGCGUUUUGGACGACAUGUUUGACAUCCGCUGGCGCUACAAAGUGAUGCUGCCAGUGCUCAGCACGGUCCCGCUGCUGUCCUUUAGCAAGGCGUUCAGCAUCUUCGAGCUCGCGGCGAGCGCGCGCGCGUGCAGCGGCGCGGCAGCGCGCAGCUGGCAGUGCGCGCUGCCGCAGUUCCCGCGCGUGGCGUGGCUGGCGCGCGUUCUGAUGUGCAUCUUUUACCCGAAUGCAGUGAACAUUUACGCGGGCGUGAACGGCUUGGAAGUCGGCCAGAGUUUGGUGAUCGCGCUGGGGUUUGCGGCGUCCGCGUUUGGGAGUUACCUGGUGGCGGGCGACGAGCGCUGCUUGCUGACGUUCGCGGCGGCGUUGCUGUUCGCUAGUUGCUCGUACGCGCUGUUUGUGCACAACUGCUACCCGGCGCGCGUGUUCGUCGGCGACAGCUACACGAUGUUUGCGGGAAUUGCGCUGAGCUGCAUGAGUUUCAGCGCGAACAUGUUCUGCUUCUUCCUGGUGGCCACGGCGCCGCAGAUCGCGAAUUUCGCCUACAGCUUGCCACAGCUGCUGAAGCUGAAGCCGUGCCCGCGGCACCGCACGCCGACGUUCAACGCGGCGACGCAGCUGCUGGAACCGACGGAAAACUACACGCUGCUGAACCUGUGGCUGCGGCUGCGCGGCCCGCUGCACGAGCGGCAGCUGGUCGCGGAGCUGCUCGCGCUGCAGGCGGCGGCGACGGCGGCGGGUGUGGUCGCGGAGCUGGCGGUGCGCUGCUAA